AUGUUCCAUUUUGGUAAGAUAUCGCGGUUAUCGAGUAAUCCACUGCUGAAAUGAAUGAUAUUUUAGGUUCACUGAAAACUUUGACACCCCCUGGCUGCCUUUAAAAAUGGGCUAGAGGGGUGCGAUUUGCGCCAUUGGUCAUCCCUUCGGAAGGUCUUUCCACAAGAAAAAUUUCAAAAAAAUCGCCGACCCCCCCCUCACCACUUCUUGGUCAAAUCGACGUGGAAUCACCCAAGUACAAUUUAGUGUCAAUGUCAUGUGAAUCAUCAUACUGGGUUGGAAUUUUGAGAAAAAAUCAAAAAUUUCCAUCAAAACAUUUUUUCAAUUCUUUUGAAGAUUUUUGAGUGCAAAAUUGAGUCACUUUAAGGAUUUUCGAAAAAAAGUGUUGUAUGCAGCUUACGUAUUAAAAUGGGUUGAAACGUUCAUAUAAAAUUAAAAAAUGUCAUCAAAACUUUUUUGAGCUCUUUCGAAUUAUUUCAAGUCCAAAAUUGAAAUAAUGUUUUUUGGGGAUUUUGAAAAAAUAUAAAUCUUUGUCGAUUUGUUUUGCGAACCGUUUGGAAAAAAUUGGGUCAUGAUUAUGGGCCUUGGGGGGUUUUGAAGCAGGUGUCAAGCGGCCGGCCUAUCAAAUUCAAAAUGAGUUCAGAUUUUGCAAGAAAUAACUAACAUUUCUCUAUGUGAUUUCAAUUUUUUUUGUCUCAGUGUUGUGAAAAUGUGUCAUUAAUUUUUUGAUAUGAUUUCAAUUAAUUUUCUCGCGUAUUUAAUCAACUUGUGUUGAUGUAUUCAUUAUCCAUUCUUCGACAGUUCUCAAGAUCCAACUGAUAAUUUGUUUUUCGAUUUCCUCCUGAAAUUAUAUCCCUUUUUUAAAACGUUGCACGGCACUUUUUCAAAAAUCCUUAAAAUCAUAACUCAACUUUGGACCCUACAUUCCUUAUUAAGUGUCAACAAAAAAAAUCAUUUUAGGUAGUCGAAAUAUUUGAAUUACUGGCGAAAUUUUGGCCCAUUUUUAUGGGUUGCGAAGUCAUCUUUUGAAUAAUUCUUGACGGCUUUUGUCUCCCCUAGGACAAGGUGUGUUGAAAUCCAAUUCUGAAAGGAUUUAUUUAGUUUGGUCUACUGCAGUAAUUUCGUUGAAUUGUUAAAGGAUAUAGCUUUCGAGUUGUGUACCUCUACCUACCUCCUCAUCAUUAAACGUUUGAAUUUUUGCUUUGCUGGUGCAAGCUCGAUGAUUGAUUGACUAAAACGUUACCUUGGAUUUUAGAAAGAGCAUCAUUUCGUUUUCCUUUUUUUUUUAGCUCCUUAUAGCAUCCUUGUUCAGUCCCUUCGAUCUUCGCCUUCUACAUACCCUACCUACCUUACAUACAUACCUUUCACUUGACUUGUGUGCAACGUUCAUUGGUCGGUAGUUGAUGAUGUCUUACCGCGUGGUAGCUAUGAAUAGGCCCGCAGACGAGGUAGGGGACAUUUCCCAUCCAGCUUUUGUUAUUGUUGUCAUGAUGGAGUAGUAGUGUGCUUCUGCUUGUGAUGUGAUGCUGUGUACGUGUAUUAUAUGUUGUGAUUGUUGUGCGACAUGUGCGUUCUACUCAUUUAGAAUUUGAACUGAGUAGUACAGUUAUACUGUUUCGUGUGGCUAAUUUGUACAAACUAUCGAAGAGCAGAAGAGCAGUUUGUUUGGUCAUUUCGUAGAGACAGCCUAACGGUACGAGGAAUUUAUCGAUCAUCUGUGACAUUCGCCAUUAAAAUGAAUCGACGUAAACAUAAUGAGACAAUGUUGCGUAGACUUCUGAGUUACCAAACUGACGAUGAAACAUUGAGCAUUAGGUCUCAGGCUAACCGCGGAGGCUUUUCUACCUCAUCACAUGGCAAUUUGGUUGAUAACAUUGCUAAGAAUCUAUCGCCCUCAGUGACAAAUGACCAGGCCAGUGAGGAACAACUACUGUUCGGUUCAGCCGAAGAAGAAGAGUUACGUGCGUUGGAGCUGUUGGAGCAACAGCUAUUAGGUGAGUCAAUCGCUGAUGAACCACCUUCCAGAUUUCAUGCUAAUCGCGAAGGAUUUACUACAGCUGCAACUUCAUUUCUGGAAAAUCAGCGUCUUCUUAAUUUACCUCGACCACCGAUCAAUCAACCUACGACGAAUACCUCGAAUGCCGAUAAAUCAGCUUUACUAUGGCGUAAAUUAGAUUUUUCUAUUCAAAUGAUCACCUCGUUAGGAUCCGUGAACGAUGUUGAUGCGAUCGAAGCUGAUAUCAGGUACAAUCAUCUUACCAGUCUUUACCAAUCGUUCGUGUCAAAUGUAGAUGAAAUCAUGCACCUUGUCCCAAGUACCGGUUUCAAUCGCCUGAUUAAAGUUGCCAAAGAAACGCAACAAAGAGUAAUUUCUAUUCAGGUAUCGUUGAAAAAAAUAAUGCUGAACGAUUCACCAUCCUCUACCGCAUCCAAGGCGGACGAUCAAACUAACAGAACUGUGAUACAUGAUAUUAAAAUCGUGUCGAAUUCGCCAUCUUCAACAUCAUGCAAUCGUUCAAUUGUAUCAGCCGGAUCUGAACAAAACGAUCUUGGGAAAUCAGAUAGUGAUCAGGUUGUGACUAAAAAAGCACGAACUGAUGCAGCCAUGCCUACUAAACAAAUGCUCAAACCGGAUCGAUCAACUACUGCUCCUUCUAAUACUACAGGCGAUUCAACUCGUAAAAAUAUCGAGCCUGGAAAAUCAAACGAUGAACCUACUGCAGCAGAAACUGCUCAACGCGAUGAUUUGGCGAAUAAAACGAAAUCCACGAGUCUAAAUGAUACAUUUUCAAAAUCAAUGGAAACGGAUGAUCAAGCAAAUCAAACUAAACAGGCUGAAAACGAUGUUCAGAUUAUAUUAGCGUGUGUAGCGAAACAGAAACAGUUGCUGAAAGAGAUUAAAUUGUUGGAAUCAUUACGUGGUCCUCGGGACUGGAAAAUGGAUGCACAACGUGCUUCAUCUCUUCGUCAAUCGUUCAUUUUAAAUCAGAAUGAAUUCGAGAAGUAUCUCAACCCCUCGCAACUGAAAUUGGAGCAAGAUUAUGCUCGAAAAUAUACAAACAAACUUGUAGUACUCGAGGAGCAAUUUAAAUGGCAGUCGCAAGAUUUUUAGUUUGAUCAGAUGACAUCAUCGGUAAAGAAAAGUGUUUGAAAUUUGUCGUUUGAGUUUGGAUUUAUUUUUUUUACCUAGUGCUCGAAUUAAAUUUAGGCUGAAAAUUUGAUUUUAUCAGCGUGAUUUGCCCUUGAAAUUCAGUCAAAGCUUUAGAAAAUGUAAAAAAUUUCUAUUUUCGAAAAGUAUAAGGAAUAAUUUUUUUUACUGAAUUUACCUAGUUUUUUGAGAAUAGAAAUAAUGCAGGUACAUUUAUUUCAAUUUACAUAUGAAUGAAAAUAGCCUGAUAAUUUAAAAAACAUUUUUUGAUUCAUUUUUAGUUCGUUUAUAUUCUAAACUCAUAAUUAUUGUUAUAAAAUUGUAGGUACGUAGGCUUAAUUUUCUUGAGAUGAAAUGUUCAAUGUUGAUCUAGAGCAUUUUUGAUUUUUUUAAAAAUUCAUUUCCAAUUCUUACGAUAAGUAGGUAGUCUAUUUUUUAAUUUUCUAUUGUAAUAUUUAAAACGAAGAAUAACUUUUUGUUAUACGAGUAUUUAAUUUAAUGUUUUCAAAAAAAAUAUCUCAUUUAGUGAAUAAAUUAAAAGUUUGUGGAAAAUUA